GGCCGUGCACAUGGGGGAGGUAGCAGCGCGGAGCAGCCCGCGCGGUGUCACAUGCGCGCGCACACACAGAGACAGGCACACACACGUGUGCCCGGGUAUAUAUAGUUCCCAGUCCCCGGGCCCGCGGCUCUGCAGUGGUCGCCGGCUCCCUGGGCUGGGAGGGGGCUCCUGGGGCGGGUGGGAGGGUGGGGGGCCGGGGUGGGGUGGGGCAGGAUGCUGGAUGGCCCACUGUUCUCCGAGGGGCCUGACAGCCCCCAGGAGCUCCAGGAUGAGGAGUCUGGCAGCUGCCUUUGGGUGCAGAAGUCCAAGCUGUUGGUGAUCGAAGUGAAGACUAUUUCCUGUCAUUAUAGUCGCCGCGCCCCUUCUCGACAGCCCAUGGACUUCCAGGCCAGCCACUGGGCUCGCGGGUUCCAGAACCGCACGUGUGGGCCGCGCCCGGGAUCCCCACAGCCGCCGCCCCGCCGGCCCUGGGCCUCCAGGGUGCUGCAGGAGGCGACCAACUGGCGGGCGGGGCCCCUGGCCGAGGUCCGAGCUCGGGAGCAAGAGAAAAGGAAAGCGGCGUCGCAGGAGCGGGAGGCCAAGGAGACAGAGCGAAAAAGGCGCAAGGCUGGCGGGGCCAGACGGAGCCCCCAGGGUCGGCCCCGCCCGGAGCCCCGAAACGCCCCUCGGGCGACCCAGCCGGCGGGGCUCCCUGCACCCUCGCGGCCGGAGCUCCUGGCACAGGUGGGGCGAGCGCCCCGUCCAUUCGCGCAGCCGCAGAGCGACCCAGGGUCGGCGUGGGCGGGGCCCUGGGGAGGUCGGCGGCCGGGGCCCCCAAGCUACGAGGCUCACCUGCUGCUGAGAGGCUCUGCCAGUACGGCCCCGCGACGCCGCUGGGACCGGCCGCCACCCUACGUGGCUCCACCUUCCUACGAAGGCCCCCAUAGGACCUUGGGGACUAAGCGUGGACCCGGGCACUCCCAAGCGCCCGCUUCAUCAGCCCCAGCUCCUACUCCCUCCAGGACAGAGGGAGGGCGCAUGAAGAAGAGGCUGGAUCCUCGGAUCUACCGGGACGUCCUCGGGGCUUGGGGUCUCCGACACGGGCAGGGUCUCUUGGGGGGAUCCCCAGGCUGUGGAGCAGCCAGAGCAAGGCCAGAGUCCGGCAAGGGGUUCGUGGAGAAAAGCCUGGGGCUGGCUGCUGCUGACUUGAACAGUGGUAGAGACAGCCAUCCCCAAGUCAAAGCUACAGGGAGCCCAGGCACCGAGACAGCUCCUGCGGGGUCUGCAACUGCGGCUCCCAGUGCCCCGCGUCCCGCUCCCAGGUCCAGGCACCACAUCAAGGGCUCGAGGGAAGGGAAAAAAGGAAGAGAACAGAUCUGGUUCCCCAAAUGCUGGAUUCCCUCCCCUAAAAAGCAGCCGCCCCGCCAUAGCCAGACACUCCCCAGACCCUGGGCUCCUGGAGGCACGGGAUGGAGAGAAUCCCUCGGUCUUGGAGAGGGGGCAGGACCAGAGACCCUGGAGUGUUGGAAGGCGACCCGCCGUGCCCACACCUUGCCCCGCAGUUCCCAGGGCCCAUCCCGUGGGGAAGGCGUCUUUGUCAUUGACGCCACGUGCGUAGUGAUACGAUCCCAAUAUGUCCCAACCCCCCGAACCCAGCAGGUGCAGCUUUUGCCCUCUGGGGUGCCACGCGUGGUAGGGGAUGUCCCCAGCCAAUCGAAGCCCGGCAAGGAGGACAGUGAACGGGCCACAAUCUUUCCUUCCCCUUGCCAAAAGCUGCCGUCAAGCAGUCACCUUUUACACCAGCCUAGCGAGGGCGGCGGGGGAGAAGCUGAGGGCGGGAGGCCGGGGGACUCCUCACUGGAGGAGCGCACCUUCAGCAUCUUGGGGCUCCCGGCCCCCGAAGUAAACCUGCGGGACGCCCCCACGCAGCCAGGUAGCCCAGAGCACCAAGCCUUAGGCCCAGCAGCUUCGGGAGCCCGGAGCAGAGCCGAGGGCUCGGAAGUGGCGGUGGUCCAGCGGCGCUCAGGCCGGGGCUGGGCGCGGACCCCAGGGCCCUACGCCGGGGCCUUGCGAGAAGCCGUGUCCCGUAUCCGCCGCCACACCGCCCCUGACUCGGACACUGACGAAGCUGAGGAGCUCAGCGUCCACAGCGGCUCCUCUGAUGGAAGCGACACAGAAACCCUGGGCGCCUCCUUGCGGAACGAGAGGACCCUGCCCGGGGUUGGAAACAGUCCGCCAGAGGAAGGUGGAAAGACAGCGGAACUGAGUGACAGGGUCGGGGAGAUUGUAGACGUCGUCAGCGAAACCGAGGAGGUCCUCUUCGGGGUGAGGGACAUCAAAGGGACCCAACAGGGAAAUAGGAAGAGGCAGUGAGGGGCCCCUUCUUGUAUUCGUGACCCCAACACAUCCAUCCUUGGGUCCACUGGUCCCCAUUCUUCCCCACAGAUUUCCUUUACUUCUUUUUUCCUUGUAUCUUUACCAUACCUGGUCCCAUCCUCGACAUAGAAAUGAAAGAAAGGGAAGCAUAUACCCAUUCAUGAUUUUGUUUCAGGAGAGGUGAGAGUGAGCAGUAGAUUUAAUUAAUGCCUGCCUGCCGUGUUCAGGGCACUAGGGUGUGCUCUUCGCAGGGCCUGAUGCACUGGGGGUGGAGCUGAACAGAGAGGCCUAACCAGGAUCAGGCAGGAGGGCUGGGAUGGUGGCAGCCAUAGGAAGGCAGUGUUGCGGAGGGCCUCUGCGCAGGAGGGAAAAAGUGAAGGAGAGGCUUUGGACUCAGUGACAGAAUGAUCAGAUGACAAAGGGGUUCUUGGCAGAAGAGAAAUAGGUCCAGUAAAACCAGCAAAGCAGAAGGAGGGCUCACCUUGGUCUCACAAGCCUUGGAUUUCAAUCCCACCUCUGCCACUGAGGCCGGCCACUUUCCCUCUCCAGGCCUCCAGGCCUCCAGGCCUCCUGGCCUCCUGGUAUGUAAAAUGACGGCAUUCAAAGGUCCAUCCUUCCAUCUCUGACAUUUUGAGAUCUUUGGGAAGGACUCUAUCUCAUCUUCCCCCUUGACAAGCCAAGAAUGAGUGUUGGGAAUAAGUGAACAGAGUCUGAAGGUUCCUGGUGGCCUCCUUGUCACCAGAAGUCAUGAUCAAUUCAGGAGACUGCCCAGGGCUUGCAGAAGAGCUAAGGAAGCCAAGCACUCCUAUCCUAGUCUUCCAGGUUUAGGUGAGGGCUCCCCAAGGCAGGGCAAGAUAGUGGCCCUGUCACUGACCCUGGCCUGUGGUGGUCUGAGCUGGGGAGGAAGGAAGCCAAUGAAUCAGCUUGGGACCUCUUUAGGCCUUCCCCUUUUCCUCCACCCCAAUGCUCCUUAGUGAUGCUCUGAGGCAUGGUUAUGAUUUCCCUCCCAGGUGGUUUCGCCCACCUAAAAGAAUCCUGAGAAUUUCUCCCAUCUCAGCCUCUUCCGGAAACCGGCCACGCAAGGAAAGAAGCUGGUCCCACAAGCCAGAAGGCGUGGGGUGUGAUACUCUCUAUAGCCACUACAGGGCGCGCGCAGGUCGCGGAUCUCCCCAGUUGCUUAUCCCGGCUCUGCCACUCAAUCUGAUCCCCAGUUCCCCAGCGCGGGUCCCCAGCCUUGCAGCCUCCCGCCGCGCGGGGCCGGGAGCAGGCCUCCGGCCUCCCAGACCUCUGGAGCCCGCCGAGCCCCUCUUUGUAUUCAUCCACCCCAGCCGGCUUGGGAUUCAGAUACCGAUACCGAAGUCUUUUUUUUUUUUUUUCCUCUCCGAUUCUGGACACCUCCUCUGUCUGCCAUUUAUUAGCCAUGUGAACUUGGCAGCAUCACUUCACCUCCCUGAGCCUCAGUUUCCUCAUCUGUCAAAUGGGGGUUUAUAAACACCUACCUCGCAGGGUUGUUGUGAGGAUUUAAUGCGAUAAUGUAUGUUAAGCGCCUUGCACACCGCCUGGCACACAGUAGGCGCUCAAUAAAUCUAAGCUUCCCUUUA